AUGGGAGCCGUUCCAUCUUGCAGCGCCGAUAGCGGUUGGGGUCGCGUGACCCUGACGACAGGGGUGAACCUGCUGGGCAAGGUGGUGCGGAUCUCCGAGUUCGGUGAGGGAAUCCCAGACUGGGAGGACGAAGGCAGGUUCUGGCGGACCACGGGUCCGCGAGCCAAAUCUCUGGAGCCGGGCCGACAAGAGUUUCUCUGGAGGGAGCCAGAGUUUGGGAACCUGUUGGGAACCGUCAUCGUUCUUCGGCACGAUGCUGGGGAGGUGUCCAUGGACACGGACCUGCGUGGCAAGCGCAUGCACUGGAAGCUGCUGACCUCAGACCGUCGGGUACUGAGUGAGACGACCAAGGCAUCUGUGGAGGCCGCAGUGGACCUUACAGAGCUUCUGGGAGGAGUGCUGGGUGGUCGGGCGAGCAUCGAAGGCUCGGCUGGGGCAAAGGUGGGUCCCGGCAGCGGAAGGCUCUACCUGGAGUUUAUCAUCCCAUGCCUUCGGCUAGGAGUUGACGUCCUCAACCCUUCGGUGCCCACGGUGCACGAAGUGAUCCUCGGCGCGUCAGUCAGAGGCACCAUUGAGUCCACGGGUGAGCGGACAACUACCACAGAGGGCAAGAUAGGGAUGAAGGCCAAGGUGGCAGAGAGUCUGCCCAUCAGCGCAGAGGUUAGUGGGCAGAAUGCUGUGGAGCUCACGCUGGGUGACUUCAACCUUGCGCUCACCGCGCAUGGCGGACCGGAGAUCGAGUUUGCGCAGCAGUGCCGGACAAUGGGGGAGAUCAUCAAGUAUUUCCAGUCAGAGUGGCAGCAGCAUGUCUUCAGCAGGCCACAAACAUGGCAAGUUGUCUUUGCUAACGUGGCUGGCCCGGGUGGCACCGGCCCACCACCCCUGCCAAAGCCAAACGUGGCGGCCUGGACAGGCCAGGGAGGGCCCUCAGCUACCUCGGACCGUCCCGCACAAGCAAUCGUGCCGGCUGCAGUGGACGCGGAGGUGGCGCGGGUCACGGUGGAAGAUCCCGAGGUGCGGAAGGAGCUGGAGAAUGCCUCACAGAGCGUCCUGGAGGCGGUGGCUUCCCGGACCGUUGAGGCUGUUCGGGCACAGCUGCAGAGCCCGGCCGCGCAAGUGUUGCUCGUCUGCCUGAGGGCAGGUAGCCAGACCUACGGCCUCGAUUGGUGCUGGGAAUCCUUGGUCCGGAUGGUGAAGGAAGAUGAGGGCAUUGCUGGCAUGGCAGACCGUGUGCAGGAGGCGAAGAUGGAUAUGUAUACCUUGGAGCGCAGGGUAAAGGAAUCGAAAGAGUCAACCGCUUGCGACUUCUUUACCAUAGCGGCUGCCCCGCAGACCGAUGAGCGGACUGUGCAGAAAAUGGUCCAAGAGCACGGCAAUGUCUCCCAGACAUACUCCGCUGGUGAUCGUUCCAGCAUCUUCGAGCAAUGGGCCACGGACUUUUCCACUGAACCUUGGGAGAAGCUGGCUGAGGCCAAGGACGACGGUCUGGUCUCCGCGCAGCUUGGCCGCAGCCGUGCCGAGGACCAGAACGUGGCACAGCGGUUGGCCCGCAGCCUGCACUACAGGGGCUGCCCGAACCCCACGAAGGAGACCACCGUGGCGUUCGUUGGCUUGCCCAAGGUGGGCAAGACCUGCCUGGUCCGGUCACUGCGCUACCUCAUCCGCAACAAAGGCCUGGCCGAGCCUCCCUUCCAAGAAGGCUCUCUCGAGGACGAGGGAGCCCGGAACUGCUUCAACGUGCACCGAGAAGGGGCCUUCGUGUUCCUGGACUUCCCCUCCUUCUCCGAGCACUUCAUUGACACCUUCGACUUCGUUUUUAAGACAGGUGUCGUGCCCGGUGCCUCUUACAAGGAGAUGGACCCUGACACGGGGUCGCUGGCAAAGAGGAUGUCGCAGGGCGACCACUCCGGGGUGUUGAAGGUUGACGUGGUGGUCUUAGUGGUGAAGGGCACCAAGGAGCCCGAGAUCGAGGAGCAGCAGCAGCUUCUGGAGCUCAUCCACAAGCACAAGCUGCCCUUUAAUGUCGUGAUCACCCAUAAGAACUCCACCUCCAGGCUUCUGUCCCAGAUGCGGCGGAAGGAGAACUUGACACCGCAUGUGGCCACUCGGCUAGCAGGCCUGAGCAAACGGGAAGACUUCCGGAAGGCGGCGACCGCGAUCUUUACCAGCAACCUCGUGCACAUGGUUGAGAACGUGACGAAUGUGCAAUCGCGCCUCGAGGACGCAAGUCGCUUUGAGCUACUCAAGGCACUCCAGGACUGGAAGAUUGUAGGGGAUGGGCUCUUCAAGGACGGCGCCUUUGUGCACGUGGGCGAUCUCACGCGGGAGCAGAGGGACCAGCUGUUGAAGCAGUGGACGGGCAUCCCCUCGCAGGUGCCUUUUGUGGGGGGCUGCAACAUCCUGGAGGAGUAUCUCGAACGUGCUGCCAUGGACUCAAUCAGGAAUGAGGUGAUUGAGAUUAAGCGCGAAGCGGGGCAGGGGCUGGAUUUCACCGUUGACGCGGAGUUGGUGGUGCAGAAGGUCGGCGCGUUGGCCCAAAACGACGGCGUUUGCGUCGGCUGGCGCGUCAUCUCAGUGCGAUCCCUUGUCGUCCAGUACAGUCUACAGAAGUACCGGAAGCGGGUGGCAGAGGUGUUCGAGGAGCGGCCGGCGUCUGUGCUGUUCGAGUUCCAGGCUCAGGCCGAGCGAGCUUUGAUGAUCCGGGACUUGAGAGCUUUGGGGUUCACUUUUGUGGAGGCUGAGUUCCCAGGACGUCCCGGUGUCAUCUCUCUCUGGGCUGGCGUGAUGCAGAAGAAGGUGAGCGUGGAGGGCUGCCAGGGCCAGGGCGGGAUGGCCAAAGUGGAAAUGGAGGUAAAGAACCUUACGGAUGAACCUUUGCAGCUGGUCAUGGAGGACGCCGCGGCCGCCAGGCCGGCACACAGUCCACGUCGUCAAGAGACGGUGGCGACGAAGAUCAACGGCCAAGACUUCGAGGAGGAAGACGACGGUGAUGCCUGA